GAGAGAGAGAGAGAAUAGCCAGUUUCUCUAUCUUUUGUCAUGAUUCUAGGGUUUCGCGCAUCUCUUGUAUUGUAAUAGAGCUGAGCUGAUUGUGUCCUGCUUAGUUGAUGGAUUUCGAUGUCUCUCUUUUGUUGUAAAUAAUACUAUUUCUCUCUGUCCGAGCAUGUGUUCACUGAAGAAGAAAAAAUAGGAAUCGGGACAGCAGCUGCUGCAGCCAGACCAUAAAAAGGUCAUCAUCAUCGUCUUCCCAAUCGAGCUACCAACAAGGCUCUAAUCCCUAAUUAUCUCCUUCAGUACUCUUCAUUAAUCCAUCAACCCUUGUUCUCACCUUCAUUAGAAUUAGAAGGCUAUGGAGGGCGACUCCGAUUCCUCGAAAACAAGUCCCUCCGGUGAACAAAAUGAGGGUGGAAGCGAGAGCGGGGAGAAUUAUGAUGAUAUUGAAGAAAGUGGUAAGCCAAAAAACAAUGGAGGAAGCUCAAGCAACAGCACAGUUGAAGAGAGUGAUCAAAGGAAGGCCUCAGUUCGACCCUAUGUUAGAUCCAAGAUGCCUAGGCUCCGAUGGACACCGGAUCUUCAUCUCCGUUUCAUCCACGCCGUGGAAAGGCUUGGUGGUCAAGAGAGAGCUACUCCAAAGUUGGUUCUUCAACUGAUGAACAUUAAGGGACUAAGUAUUGCGCAUGUCAAGAGCCAUUUACAGAUGUAUAGAAGCAAGAAGAUUGACGACGCAGGCCAAGUUCUCGCGGAUCAUCAAGGCCAUCUUGUUGAAUGUGGAGAUAAAAAUAUUUAUAACCUCAGCCAACUUCCCAUGCUUCAAGGAUAUAACCGAAGCCACAGUACCAGCUUCAGAUAUGGAGAUGCCAAAUCUUGGACUGCUUACGAAAACCCAAGGUACCCGAGAAGCACUGGAUUUCAAGGCAACUGGAGUUCAAGUAGUGCUUACAAUUAUCUGACAACUUGUUCAUUUGGUGAACAAUCUUCUUGGAUUGCUCGAACACUGAAACAAGAAUGCCAAUUAUAUAAUAUCCGUGAGUCCUUGCAAGCUCAGCACCAACAUCAAGCCAGGUUGAGCCAGCAGCUGAUUGAUCUUAACCCCACAAAUACCCAUGUCCAAGUGCAACACAAGCCAAAGGAACUCAUCACAAGUUUCAACAACAGCAACAAUCUAGAGCUCACGUCAAAGAAGAAUGAGGAUCAUCAGUCGAAAUCGUUGAAAAGAAAGGCUUCGGAUUGCGAAGAUCUCGAUUUGGAUCUCUCUCUCAGGCUAACAUCAAGGAACAAGAAUGAAGAUGAUAUUCAUGAAGUUGAUAGUAGUCUGUCUUUGUCAUUGUACUCACCCCCAUCCUCAAAGCUCAGCAGGUUGAAGGAAUGAAAGUUAUUAAGUUUAAUGGGGAGAGGGAGGUAGAGCUGGGCAAGUACUCUGGAUCUGACUAUAUGAAUGAGACAAUUCUAAGUGAGAUAUUGAGGUACUUGCUCAUGAAAACAUAAUAAUAUUAUUUUGAGUGUCUUAUAUUGUAACUCCCAGAGCAGUUAAUUUCUUAUUUCUUUCUUGUUUCUUUUUUUUAUAUGA